AUGCGUGGUGUGCCCGAACUCUCCCAAACCACAUCUCGCUUCGUAAAACUUCUCAAUCAAAAGCCCAAGUCUCACCCAAUCCGAAUUAAUGAACUCGCUCCGCCUUGCCACGCGAAAUCUUAA